AUGGAAGGCGAUGAGGAUCUAGAGGCAGAGGCGAGCGCAGUUGAAGGGCGUCUCGAGCAGGGUGAGAGCGAUGCCGGCAGUACAGCGGGCGAAGAGGCAAUCAAUCGCGACACCGCCGAAGGAGACCGCAUCGCCCUCCUCACGACAAUCAUGCAGCAGCACCAUGACGAGGAGGACGAACAGGGUUUUCAGUCGGAAUGUCUCUCUGCUACCGCCUGUCCCUUUGCACGUUGGUUUGUUCCUCAAGACUGCGCUGCGCUUGAUCGGGCUCCUGCUCUCAACGCCAUGUUCGCCAAUAAGUUCUUCCAGACAAUAGACCCGUCCAAGACGCUCUCGGUCAGCUCAUAG